AUGAUGAAAAUUAGGAUUUAUCUUGAAAUAUUUUUUACUACAUAUUUCAAUAAUUUUUCAGUAACUUUCAUCUCGCUGUUUUUCAAAUUUAUAAUAUAUCGGUACUCGAAUACACGGAAAGUUAAAGUAUACUGUUGAAAUUUACCGAAUUUAACGGAAGAACCGCGUACAUUGACGGAACGACAAUGAAGCGCGGGAUCAAUUGCGAAGGGACAUCGGUAAGCAAUUUUCAGCACAAUAUUUCUGUCGGGAAAGCGUGGGAUUUCAAUGUGACAAGAGCGCGGGGCCAAUUUUCUCUCAUCACACGGAGCGCGAUUUUCAAAUGCAUAAUUCACAAAUGCCGUCUGUUGAUGACGUUAUCGUGUUGACCGGCGGUAAGAGAAUUGUGGGAGCUUCGCAAGUGCUGAAUGAAAAACAGUAACUCCGUUCGAUCAGAGCCGAGCGCGCGUGUCACAGCACGUACGACAAUGUUGCGCCAAUUUGACUCGAAAGUUCACCGAGUCACACGUCGUGCUGCACGUAUUGUCCUCGCUCUCGAUACUCGGCUUCCAGCUGGGGAAACUCGUAAAAUUCCAUUGGAGGCCGGAGCCGCGCGCCGAGGAAAAGAAAUCCGAGCGAGCGUCGAUGCGGCAGGACGGAAACGAGUCUGUCUUGAAGCGGAAAGCCGUCGCUGUCGUCGUCGAUUCGCGUAUCACUCAUGUGUAGGUUCAUCGACGGAACGCGCGCGACGCUCGGGUCGCCCGAUAACGUGGCUCGAUAUUCAUACCUCCGUCGACUCGUUCUUCAUCGCGUUUGAGACGAUUCGAGGCGAGAAACCAGUCGAGAAGUCACGCGAGCCGAUAUGUCGAUUCAUAGCAGCCAGUUCGAUCCGGCCCGGCGUCGUGGUGCCGUUCAAACUGUCAGACAUCGGCGAAGGAAUUCGAGACGUCACGGUGAAGGAAUGGUUCGUGAAGCCCGGUGACCGGGUCAGUCAGUUCGACAACAUCUGCGAGGUGCAGAGCGACAAGGCGUCGGUGACGAUCACGAGCCGCUACGACGGCCUCGUCAAGGCACUGCAUUAUAAGGUUGAUGACGUCGCCUUGGUAGGCGAGCCGUUGAUCGACAUUGAGGUAGAGGACGACUCGAAGGUGAGUACCAUCGUGGGAGACGCAGGGAAGACUUCUGACGUGGAUCAGACGACGGGCAAGGAUGAGAAGACGGACGGAGCGGAGUCGGUGGAUCACAUUCUGCAGAAGGUCCUGGCGACCCCGGCGGUGAGAAGGAUAGCUCUGGAGAACAAAGUGAGGCUGAAGGAUGUGGUGGCGACCGGUAAAGGUGGAAGAGUGAUGAAGGAGGACAUACUGGCGCAUCUGCGGCAGAUUUCCGCGGAUCCGGCUCAGCCGACCAAACAAGAAGCUCCGCAGCAGGCGUUCGGAAGCGUGACGGGUAGGACGGUCGGGAUCAAAGGGUACACGAGACACAUGUGGAAGACCAUGACGCAGUCUCUGAGCAUACCGCACUUCGUCUACAGCGACGAGUGCAACGUGAACCAAGUGAUGCACUGCCGGAACGAGGUGAGGGGCGAGUUGGAGAAGCUGGGCGUCUCGCUGACUCUCAUGCCGUUCUUCAUCAAGGCGGCCUCGAGAGCGCUGCAACAGUACCCCGAGCUGAACGCGUGGUUGAACGAGGCGGACCAGACGCUGCGUGUCAUAGACAAUCACAACAUCGGAGUGGCCAUGGACACGCCAGACGGCCUGGUGGUGCCGAACAUCAAGAAUGUGCAGAGCCUGAGCAUACUCGAGAUCGCGAAGGAGCUCAACAGGAUUCAGGAACUCGGCAAGCAGACUGCGAUACCGCUCGCCGACCUCGCCGACACGACCUUCUCCUUGUCGAACAUAGGCAUGAUCGGCGGGACGUACACGAAGCCAGUGAUCCUGCCGCCGCAAGUGAUGAUCGGCGCGAUCGGGCGGGCGCAGAAGUUGCCGCGAUUCGACGACGAGGGCAACGUGGUGGCGGCGAACGUGAUGGCGGUCAGCUGGUCCGCGGAUCACCGUGUCCUCGACGGUGUCACAGUGGCCAAGUUCUCCAACUUGUGGAAAUAUUACGUGGAGCGCCCGCAGCUGCUGCUGAUCGGUGCAUGAGGAGUCCGGCGGGCGCAGGCAGCGAACACGCUCGUGAUAAUUUAUACCAAGCUGCAGGGAAAAUAACUUGUUAUCGUAGAGGAUUUCUACGACAACCAGGCGCGACAAAACGAGGAUUCUCAAUACAACGAGGAGGUGCUCUCGGGAGGAGAAUUACAUUAUCUAGGAAAAUUUUUUAUUCGCUGUAUAAAAUGCGUCGGCAAUAAACCGUUAAGUCCA